ACAUUGGUAGGCGGGGUGUAUUCGCAUCAAGACCUAGCUCUGUUAAAUCGCCAUUUCCUAACGCUUCAAGGUACAAACAGUAAGCAGAUUAAUUUCGCAGUUAUUACAAAACAACAUUAAGGACCCGUCGAUCAAGUCGCUGAAUUAAUCUGCGACUGUGAUCUGUUUUUGGACCAAUCUUUACCAAACGCAAAUCGGGGAUGCUGCAAUUGGAGUCUGUGAUCCACAAACCAUCGUCGGAUUUAAUGUCUCAUUUAAUCACUAAAAGCAGUUUUUCGAUAAAUUCGUUUAGAAGAAGUCAUUUUCGACCGAGCCAUUUCGCAAGAUGCUAAAUUGUACCAGAAAUAUUUUCGAUUGUUGAUAUUUUUGCUCGACCCACAGUAGCUCAGAGGAUCCAACGGAGGCUAACUGAAAACGACAACAACAACCACAUCAGCUGUGUUUUGUCAGAACUUGGGAAAAUACCACACUGAUUUUGAAGCCUACUACAUUCAGUAGUUAAUAUUUUACGAAGCUUUUGGUUGAAUAUCCACACAAAGAAACGUCAAAGAUGAAGCUGUUGGAAAACUCGAGUUUUGAAGCCCUGGGCUCUCAGCUGUGUGUUGAAACGGGAGACUCAAACAUCCUUGGCAGGAUCGAGAGUUACUCCUGCAAGAUGGCGGGCGAUGACAAGCACAUGUUCAAGCAGUUUUGCCUGGAAGGAGAGCCUCACGUCUUGGAAGCCCUCUCGCCCCCACAGUCCAGCAGUGCCCCUAGCCCAAACCUGUUGGGUAAGAGCAGUGAAGACGGGGACAACCCUCUGAGCGACAAAUGCUGCAGGAAGACCCUGUUCUACCUGAUCACCACCCUGAACGAGUCCUUCCGUCCCGACUACGACUUCAGCGCCGCGCGGGCUCACGAGUUCAGCCGGGAGCCCAGCCUCAACUGGGUGGUCAAUACUGUGAACAGCAGCCUGUUCUCAGCUGUGGGUGAGGACUUCAACUCCCUGGGGCCUGAGCUGUGGAACUCUAUCGAUCAAGAAAUCAGCCUGCAAGGAUGUGACAUUUACAGCUACAACCCUGAUCUGGACUGUGACCCGUUUGGAGAGGAGGGCAGCCUGUGGUCCUUCAACUACUUCUUCUACAAUAAGAAGCUGAAGCGCAUCGUAUUCUUCACCUGCCGCUCCGUUAGUGUUAUGAGUGGAUAUGGUCGCAGUUGCUUUGACAACGAACUGGACAUGGAGCUUGACGAGGAGGAGGAGAUGGACAACUUCACAGAGGACAGGUUCCCCAGAGCCCUCUGUGUGUGAAGCUUUCUCAGGGAUGAUGCUGAAGACUCAACUCUCCAAAGUCUUUUGCUCAAGGAGUCUACAUCGUCGUGUACAACUUUCUUUAUGCGUCUCUUCUCAGCUUGACCAUCUUUUUUUUUCCCUCGACGGAUGAGUGAACUGCCAUCUUUUUCUUUUUUGCCUGUGCUGAAGAGCCAUCCGCUCAUACAUGUACUGUACAUACUAAUGUGUACGAAGAAUGAAAGGAGAAAAUACUCCUGGAUGUCAGUUCUCUUGUCCUUGGAUUAGCUUGUGUUUAAAGACAGCCCUUCAGUUAUGUUUUUAUGGGCGUUUUGGUGUCUACAUCAGCCUCCAAUAAGACUGUUCUUCAAGCAAAGGAUGAAGAGGAUUUACAUGUGUGAAGAAGAGAAUCCAUAGACUUUCACUAAAAGCUGGCUUUCUUUUAUGUUGUAGUGUUGUCCUGGCUCUGGAAAGUAGGAUGUUUUUUUUGUUUUUUUUUAAAGGCAGAGAUGUUGUCCUCUACAGUGGCUAAACAACUCUUCACCAGCAACGAGGACAGCAAAUGGGCCGCUCUCAACCAAUGAGGAGAGGGAAUGGGCCGCUCUCAACCAAUCAGACUGAACUGAAACUAGUGUGACCAGAGAGGUCACUGGGAUUGGCCAUGCUAUCGCAAGUUUGCAUUACCCAUUGGUUUGUUUGUGUGUACGUGUGUCUGUUCACUUCUUAACAUUUCAGUUUUUAAGCCAUGUUGGUUUGUGUGACGCUCAUUUUGUAGCACUGAGCUGGUGUUAAACUCCAGCAAUGUAUCCCCAGUGAGUUUCCAUGGCAACUUUCGUGGAUUUGAACGCCUGUCAUCAGCACAAGGAGGUGUUUUUUUCUGAAUGUCAGCCAGGGCUAGUUUCUGUAACAUUGAGUUCAAGAGACAUUUCUCCACAUCUUUAAAAAUGUUUAUGGCGUAUGUGGAGAGCAUGGAUUAGUCGCAACCCUGUUGAUGUAGACUAGUCUAUCGUCUGAUAUACAGUAGUAACAUGUCUUAUCCCAGUUUUAGUUCUUACGGAGUAAAGUGGCAAGAUGUGUUGUGUUACGGUACCUAGAUCCAUGUCCCAGCAUCACCUCCUCCUAGUGCAGCUUUGUUUAUUCUCCCAGCAUCCAAAUUUACUGUAAGGCCUACCAUAGUCCAUUGUUUUGGGUCAUUGGAGGCCACGGAAUAAGGCACCUUUUUUUAUUAUUAAAAAACAGUGUCAUAGGAACUGUUUUAUGUUGAUUCGCUCAUUUGACCUUUUACUGACACUGUUGUUUCCUUUUACUGACUUGCCCUGGCACAGGUGUCUUUUAUUUACUCUCUUGGUGAAUACUAGCCUAUAAAUAAAAUAUGUGUUUUAGAUUGUU